UCCGCGGCUGUCCCUCCUUCUCGGCGGCCAUGGAGGCCCGCCCCUCCGUUUUUAUCGGGUCUGGCACUCUAGAAGCUGAUAAGAGGGUCUCAUUUCAUCAAUCUUCUCAAAGUGUAACUGGGAAAAACUUGCCCAUUGUGAAGAUCUCAUCUCAGAAGAAACAGAAAUAUAUGGUGCAGUCAAGUAGUAGCCACUUGUCCACCUGGCCAGCCUAUGAACCAGGACAAGGGAUCCUUCAGAACCGAAAACCGUGCGCUCUCCCUGCGUGGCAAAGCACCAGCAAACCUCUCAUGCCGAUUUCAAAGCCACGUUACCUUGAAGAGCUGGAAUCCUAUUUGCGGACGGAGUUGCAAGCGCUCGACCUAACCAAGGGAAAAGUUCAAGAACUUAAGCUCCAGCCUUAUAGAGAAGUAUUUGAAUGUUUCAUGGAAGAAUUCAAGACUUACAAACCUUUGUUGGCUUCCAUCAAGAGGGAGUAUGAGUCAACUAUAGCCCAUCUGCAGGAAAAAAUCUACACUCUGGAAUCGGUGAAUGGUGUUCUGGUCACAGCCUCUGAUCAAUGUACCCGGCAAAUCCUGGCUUUUCAACAGCAGGAGAAAAUUGAAAUAGCGAAAUUGAAGGAGGAGCGGCUCUAUUUGCUGAAGCUGAUUGACAAAAUGAAGGAGGAAAAAUGUUCGCUAGAGACCCAGGUAGCUAAACUGCGAAAAACAGUAGCCGAAGAAUAUCUUCGUUAUCUCAAUGAGUGUGAUGCCCGCAAGCUAUUACUCUUGGACCUCAACGAAAUGUACCGUCAGAAGGAAGAACUGAGGCUCACCAAGGAACAAGAGGAUGUUCUGGAUGAGGACACAGUGAAGCUGAAGGUCGCACUGAGGGUAGCCCGCCAGGACCUCACCAAAGCUCAAGUAGAGCUGAACACCAUGCAGGCGAACUACGGAGACGUUGUGCCCAGAAGAGACUUUGAACUGCAGGAACAAAAAUAUAACGAUUUGGCUGAUAAGCUGUCAAUUCUUCAGAAAGAUUUUGAUGACCUUCGUGACGAAUAUGAGAUAAUGUUGGAUGUACACAAACAAGUUUCAGAGGACCGAGACCGCUACUUCAAUGACCUCAUCAAUGUCCAGCGGACGUCCACGCCCCGCCCUGACUGGAGCAAAUGUGGAGACGUGGUUCUUGGUGGAACUGAGCGCUGGAGCAGCUUGUCGGUGGGCAAAACAAGCGACCAGCUGCUCGAUGUGCUUUUGGAGGAAAUCGGUGGGGGUCUCCUGAGAGAGCGCGACACCUUCAUCGGACGGGGAAGAAGCGAAAAGGUUCCCCCGUAUCUGAGGUGUGAUGGCCUGGUUAGAAACAAGAAGCUGACCAAGAAGGAAGUUGUGGCCCUUCUGAGGGAGAUCUGGAGGGAAAAAAUUAUAUCAGAUCAGCAGAAAGGAAGACAAUCAAGCCUCUCUGAUUUCUUCCUAGGCUUCUUUCAGAAGAAAUACGGUGAAGCUGUUGCUUUUGACUGGACUUAUAGCAUCUAUGAAAACCUCAAGCUCUUCCGGUCGAAUGAAAUGAUGGCCUUGUUUCUUAACGUCCUGACAGGGAAUGUGGAUGAAGCAGUAUAUCACAAUCACCUCCUGGAACUUAACAACUUGUUAAAAGAACUGACUCUUGCCGAUACCGAAAAUACCGGCCAGUUGACAGAGGAGCAAUUCUUCCUUGCCUUGAAGACCGCUUUCCCACUAAAAACAGACGAGCAGAUCCUGGAGUUACUUGAUGCAGCGGGCUUCAAGCCAAAUGUCGGUAGUGUUAUGUACAAGUUGUUAUUCUUAGAGGACGAUGAAGGGAAAACAGAACCCCUCAUUACAAAACUUAGGAACCAAUAUGUGAUCGAGAAACAGACCUAUCUGAAUGAACUACGCGCUGAACUAGGAACCUUGGUGGAUGUGAGGCCCGAUGAUCUGAGGGCAGCUUUCUGCAUAAUUGACCACGGCUUAACUGAGCAGACCUUGGAAUCUUACCUCUGUUAUGCCUUCCAAGUUCCCAAAGAGCAGCUGGACCCUGCCGUCUCCAUUCCCAUAGAAAUCCUGAUGCAAAGGCUUAUGACGGGAGAUAUCCACAGGCAAGGAGCGCCCCCGGCGCCCCCCUCACACACGGCAGAAGAAACAGAUCAUUCCGGGAUCUGACUCAACCCACUUGCUCUCCUUCUCUGAGAUUCAUUGAAAUAAUAAAGGAUCUGUUGAGGUAGAACUGAGAACAGAACUGCAGCCGGUUAACUGAGACCCAGGAGCAAAGCUAUGAUCCCAGUUGAUUUCCCUAGGCUUAGAUAAAGCUCAAAAGUAAUUACAAAAUCCCAGUGCACGUGCUAUUAAAGUGUCUUUUAAAAUCCACGCAAAGCAUUUAGUUUGGAGCAUCCCAUUUCUCAGAUUGGGUAACUAAUUUUCACUCCUGUAGGAAGCAUUUGAGGUUGAAUUUGGCAGAGCUUCAGGUUUGCUUGCAAAAAGGUACCAGUAUUUCCUCUCUUGUGCCUGUAAAUAUUCAACCACUGGAACCUGUGAACUGGAUGUUAAACUGGAUGUUAAAAUAAUUUAAACCUUAUGCAAUUUCAGAAGUUUUGUGUUUUAUUUAUAACUUUUGAACUAUCUGCAGCCCAGCUGGGGGCUAGAAAGGGUAGAAAAGGCUACAUUAACACAGAAACGAGGGCAGCCAAGCAAAUGAAGAGGUAGUGAAACAAAAUUACAAAGCCAAACAACAUAACCAUUUUUUUCCCAUGGGACUUCAACGUGUUUUUUUCCUAAACUCCAGUUUGCACUGAAAAAGGAAGGGAAGCUUACCGAGUCUUGUAAAUUGAUGGUUUCCAGAUUAGUGAUUUAAAAAUGCAUUGUAUAUAAACAACGAUGUUAAGAUGCAAUAAACAAUUAAACUUCUUAUAAGUGUUCUAUGUCUGACAUUAAAGAGCUUUAUGCUAGAGCAGGGUCUGCAACCUUAAAUACUCAAAACAGCCAUUUGUUACGAAAACACCGGGAGCCACAUAACCUGGGUGGGCGUGGCCAACUCGAUGUCACUCACUUCUACCAGUCACAUGAUCCCCCCCAGCCACGCCUACCCAGCCAGUCAUUAGGGCAGAGAACCAGUUGUUAAAAAACACCAGGAACCACAAAACCCUUUUGACAUAUCUCUCUCCCCCCAUCCCUCGCUUCUCUGUAUCACUCUAUGUCUCUAUCUCUCCCUCUCCCCUGCUCUCUCUCUGUAUCUCUCUGUCUCUGCCCUGGUGCUUCUCCAUCCCCCACCGUCGCCCUUACCUUCUCAGGCCAGGCCAGGCAAGGAGUGACUGGGAGGGGAAGUCGAGGGGUGGGGCCAGCCAGUGGUGGGAUCACCUGACAGGGAGCCACAGCAGAGGGCCGAAAGAGCCGCAUGUGGCUCCAGAGCCGCAGGUUGCUGACUCCUGUGCUAGAGGAUUCCUUUUCCGGUAUGUUGCAGAGCAACAGAUAUGAAAUUAUUAGGGAUGGGGAAAAAAUUCAUUUUGUCCAUUUGUAUAAUCCAAUGUAUACUUUCCCUCCAUAGUAUGUGAAAGGAACCUGCUGUUCUGAGAAUAGUUUAUGCUUGUUGUGUCUCGUCCGAUCUCACCACAGCCGGGGCCUUCUUAUCUGCUUCCGAACACGGAGGAAUGUCCUAGUAUGCCUCCCGGCCCCAGCCCUGGCUCCAUGCCCAGACAGGCUGAAGAGGAGGAAGUAUCUCCAGCCCCCAGCUCUGGCUCCAUGCCCAGGCAAACAGAGCAACUAGACCCCUCCCCCUCCUCCACAGCAUGUGAGCCUGAGGGAGGUCAAUUGCCAACAGCUGCAGACUGGAGUGACCCUCGCGUCAGAAGACUUGACAGGCGGAGGCAACAGAAGGAAGGGAGGGGCAGGCCUGGAUAAGUGCUGAGUCAUAGAGCCACACCCCAUGGCCUAUAUAAAGGAUCUGCUUUCUGGCAUUCUCUGAGUCAGGCAAAGUCUAAACAUAUCUUGCUGAAGUCACCUUCUGGUCUCCUGCCUGCCCUGAGGACUUUGCUAGGACUUUGGCAGAGCUGCAGAGGCACGCCGGAUUCGGAUUUCCCUGACCCGGCCGUCAGCGGAGGAGUGACACGACAAUGCUGUUCCUCCAGAGUUGCCAUGCAAAUCUCAGCUGGAGAAAUGGGUAUGUUGGGUAAAUUUAUGUACACAAAUCUGUUCAUGAGGAUAGACUGCAUCCGGAAUAUGCAUAACUGAAUAGCUGCAUGACUGACAUGGAUCACCUGCAGCUUGAUUUAUUGAACUCUACUUAAGAACUGCAUCUAGCUAGGUUUGGA